UGAAUAUGUUCAUUCAUACUAAGUUUUAUAUUCAUGGGUCAUUCAUAAAUAAAAAAAUAAAUAUAAAAAAGAAAGAUAUAUUUUGUUAAUCCAUGUUGAAGUUGAGACUUGAGAGUUUAGGGAGGAAGGAAGAAGUAGAAAGCAAGUAGAGAAGAAGAUGAGCAGCCAUAAUUGAGGAGCUAGUAGAGCUUUGAGAGCAAAAAGAUAAAAGACUACAUUUUAUUAUUAAUUUUUUUUUUGACGAGUACAUUUUAUUAAUUAUAUAUACAGAGCUAUUAUGAUAAUAACAAACAUCCUAAAAUUGAGGAAACAAACAUACAUAAACUACUAAACCAUUUUGACCAUACCAUGAACUCCAAAACAAUAAGUGACAUAAAUAGAAAUGAAGGUGCUCAAAGCCAUGAUCUACGUCAUUAAAGACCAUUCGAACCAUAGUUUAUGUCAAUUAGUUUAAUUUCACAACAAUAUUAUUAUAUCUUAUUCUUAUUUUAUUCCAUUUGCUUAUCUUUAUUUCUUGUUCUUAUACUAAAUGUGUCAUAGGCUUAUAAAACGAGGGUAGGUGCCUCAGGGGAGGUGACACUGUGGCAUAGUAAUUGAUAAAUAUAAAUACAUGUAAACACAUUGAGAGUAUAAAAACAAAAAUCCUAACAAUGAUAAUAUACUAUAUAACCUCUAACAACCAAGGAGCUACUUCCGUUCAAAAACAUUAAAAGAUAGGAAUCCCAAGAUACUCGCAAUCUCGUAUCUUUAAGAAAACAAAACUAAGUAUCCAAAGGCAAUUAUCAAUUAGACAGUCAAUCAUUCAAUUAAUUAAAAGUCAUCUUUUAUCAAUGGCUAUUGAAGAAGCAGAAUUUGAUGAUUACACAAAAGAUGGAACUGUUGAUCUCAAAGGCAACCCUGUUCGUAGAUCCAAGCGUGGUGGUUGGAGAGCUUGCUACUUUUUUGUUGUGUAUGAGGUGUUUGAAAGAAUGGCAUAUUAUGGAAUAUCAUCAAAUUUGGUGUUGUACAUGACAAGAAUUCUUCACCAAGGAACAGUGGAGUCAGCCAACCAUGUCACCAAUUGGGUAGGCACUAUUUGGAUGACUCCUAUUAUCGGUGCUUAUAUCGCUGAUGCCUACCUUGGACGUUAUCGAACUUUCCUCAUUUCUUGUGCCAUUUAUCUCUCGGGAAUGGCACUUCUAACAUUAGCAGUAUCACUUCCUGGGCUGAAACCACCCCCUUGCAAUGAGGCCCAAAUGUCCAAUUGUAAGAAGGCCUCACCACUUCAACUAGCUGUUUUUUAUGGUGCACUCUACAUCCUAGCAGUUGGGACAGGUGGGACCAAGCCCAAUAUCUCAACAAUUGGGGCAGACCAAUUUGAUGAUUUUGAGCCCAAAGAGAAGGCCCAAAAACUCUCAUUCUUCAAUUGGUGGGAGUUUAGUAUUUUCUUUGGAACCUUGUUUGCUAACACAAUCCUAGUCUAUAUCCAAGACAAUGUGGGCUGGACUCUCGGAUACGCGCUACCGACUAUUGGGCUUGCCAUAUCCAUUUUAAUAUUUUUAUCUGGAAGUCCCUUUUAUAGGCAUAGAUUGCCUACUGGAAGUCCCUUCACAAAGAUGGCUAAGGUUAUUGUGGCUGCCAUUAGGAACCGGAACACGUCGUUCCCUAGUGAUCUUAAGCAGUUGUACGAGCUUGACUUGGAUGAAUACACCAAAAAUGGGAUGUACAGAGUGGGAUCGACUUCAUCUUUAAGGUUCCUAGACAAAGCCGCGGUAGUCACUGGUUCAAAGGAUCCUUGGAAGCUAUGCACGGUUACACAAGUGGAAGAAACGAAGCAAAUGAUAAGAAUGCUUCCAAUCUUGAUUACUACCUUCAUCCCAAGCACGAUGUUAGCUCAAGGACAAACCCUUUUCGUCAAGCAAGGUACUACAUUGGAUAGGAGAAUAGGCAAGUUCCACAUCCCACCAGCAUGCCUAACCGGCUUUACAACAUUCUCAAUGCUCGUUUGUGUCGUUCUGUAUGACAAAUUCUUCGUAAAAUUCAUGAGAAAACUAACCAAAAAUCCAAGAGGGAUUACAUUGCUUCAAAGAAUGGGACUUGGCCUAGUCCUUCACACAAUCAUCAUGAUAAUUUCAUCAUUAGUAGAGAGGAGAAGACUUAGUUUUGCAAGGGAACAUGGUAUGGUUGAAAGUGGUGCACAACUUCCUUUAACAAUUUUUAUUUUACUCCCUCAAUUCGUUCUCUUAGGGGUUGCUGAUGCAGUCCUAGAAGUGGCAAAACUCGAGUUCUUCUAUGAUCAAGCUCCUGAGGGAAUGAAGAGUCUUGGUACAUCUUAUUCAACUACAACUAUAGGUAUUGGAAAUUAUAUUAGUAGUUUCCUCUUAUCUACUGUUGCGCGCUUUACAGCCAAGCAUGGACACCAAGGCUGGAUUUUGAACAACCUUAAUGCCUCUCAUCUUGAUUAUUACUAUGGGUUCUUUGUGAUACUUAAUGUGGUAAAUUUCAUCAUUUUCUUGCUCAUAGCUAGGUCUUAUGUUUAUAGGGCUGAAAUUUCCGAUUCAAUGGAAGUGCUUAGAGAUGAAUUGCAUCAAUGACGGUUUAUUUCAUGAAAAUUAUUGAAACACCGGAUUUGGAAAUGUAAAUUGCCUCCACAUAAAUUGAAAUUGACAUCAUAGAAUAUUUUUAUUACGUCAUAAAAAAUAACUGAUGUACAAGUGGACGAGAUUUGAUUUCAUAUUUUUAAUACGUGCUAAGAA